GAAUUAUUAUGUUAGAUUUUAAAGCUUACUUGUAGAAUUAUUGUUGCUGAAUGACAGAUUUUUUUUAACCAAAAUUAAAUUCUCUCUAAACCAUAUACAUAACUGAUAAAUUCCAUAUUUUACCAAAAAUUUAGAAUUUAAAUAAAAGUUAUUUUUUAAAUUUAGAAUCUUUAAAAAAAUUUGAAAAUUAAAAACUCUAAUUUUUUAAAUACUUAACACUUUUAAAACUAAACACCUUUUGCGCUUAUAUUCUAUUCUGUCAAUUUUGUUACAUAAAACCUGGUCUAGGUCACUUAACUUUGUAAUUUUAUACAUAAACUAAUUACAUAUAGUAAUUGCCCUCCAACAUCUACAGUCAUAUUCCAUAAGAAACAAAUGCCACCUUAAUAACAAAUUCCUCUAUCGAUACCAUUAACUUUUUGAAAAUACAGAACAGAAAACAGUUUAGCAAAAAUUAAUAAAAAAAUACCCUAAAGACAAAAAUAUAAGAAAUCAGAUUAAAGUGCAUUUGUUGUAACGUAUACAUUUUCGUAACCUAUUUGGAAAUAUUUUUGUUAAAUAGCAAAAAAAUAUUAUUGCUGAACAGCAGUUUUUGUUUAAUGGCCAAUAUCAAACAGAAAUUUAUAUCAAUUUGUUUAAGUAGUUGCACAGAAAAUUUCAAAGGGACUGGUUGGCAUAUAAAAAGUUGUUCCUAAAACUAAAUAACAAUUUUGGAAAUGUUUACCUUGAAAUCCUUUUGUUUAAUAUGGUUUCUCUUGGGCAUUGUUACGGAGAUAACGUCAGAGGAUUAUUUACAUUUCGGUGGUACCGAGGAAGAGUCUAGACAGGCAGCGUAUUAUUUGUCAGCCGAUAGUGGUUCUAAUAUAGGUCCUACGGAUGAAUUGAAACGUACACAGCGUUCAUUUUGGAAGAAAUUAUUUAAAAACGGUUUAUUCGGAGAAUGUGAUAACUGCUGUAAUAAUUGUAAUUACAAUGUGGGAAAUGGUGAUAACUAUAGUCCAGCACCAUCGCCUCUUUUGCCAUUUCAGCCCUUUAGACCAUUGCCACUGUGGCAAAAUUUACAGCCAUUAUUUGGUCCAGUAAGCUAUGACAGCUAUGGCAGGGGUAGUUAUAAUAAUCCUCCGCGUUAUAAUGGUAAUGCUGUUAACAAUCCUCCCAGCUACGACAACAAUGUUCCACAAGCACCUGAAACGGUAUAUGAGAUACCCACAGAACUGCCACCAGUUGAGCCUGAAUACAAUGUAGAUAAUAGCCCUGCUGUUGAAGAAUUAUAUGAGCCACCUGCUGCUCUUCCUGAAAAUACUUAUAGCCUUCCGGAGCCUUCAACAUAUACAAAAGAGGAAACACCUAAAGCUGUCCAAUAUGCAAAUGGAAAAGUACCACAAAUUAUAUAUCAACCCAUUAUAUAUGUAUCACCUCAGUACCAAGGCAAUAAAGACGUAAUCAAACAAAUCCAACAAGAAGAGACUAAAUAUGAUGAAGAACCUAAAGAAGAAUAUAAACCUUUGAGUCCUAGUUAUGAAAAAGAAUCUGAGAGUGAAUCCGCAUCAUCUUCGUAUAGCUCAGAUGCAGAGAGUACAAAAUUAGAUGAUAGUUCUAAUGAUAACUUCAAUAAAUCGGAACCACAAACACCUGUCGUAGUAACACCCUGCAGUCAAUCUUAUGCUGUUCCAUCUACACCUUGUUUAAGCCCGCCACUCACAAAUCCUGCUCUAUCGGCAGUCUCUACUGUUUAUAAUAUUAUUACUCCAUCAUUGCUACAUACACUAACAGCAGGUCAAAGCCCUUCAUACAUUACUAGUGUAACUGCACCCAAUGUCCCCUGUUCAAAUGAAGAACCUUCCAAGUAUUCCUUAACUCCCUCUAAUGUUAUACCUCUGGAUAGUUAUUCGUUGCCACCCUCAUCUCCAGCUCCAGUAGCAACGGCUUACUUGUCAUCUCCAGCCCCUAUGACAGCACCAAAACCUGCUCCAGCUCCUAUGCCACAAUCCUAUAUACAACCGAUUCACAUGUCAUCUGAUGAUCAACCAUAUCGUGUCUGCCCGGAACUUUUUGAGGAAUAUCAGCGUAAAUUAAAUACAAUUUUACCACACAUUCAUGCUGGCCGGGGAGGAAGUACUUUUGUCAAUGCUCAACUAAUACAUUAUUGAUAUUGCUCGGGCUGUGGAAUUGUCUCUUGUAUAUGUAUUUUUCUAUUUUUAAAAAAUAGGAUUAAUUUGAUUUUAACUUGUAACAUGUGUAUAAUAAAAUUUUUGUAUAGAAAAUGUAUUAUAAUUGAUAGUCUAAUAAGCAUUACUUUUAAAAGAAAUUCAGAAAAACCAAAUGCUAAUUCUCAAUUUUGCAUUUCAGAAAACCUUCACUUCUAAAUUUUCUUAUAAAAAUUCUAAAUAUGAAAUGUAUUAUUAGUAAAAAUUUUUCUGUUGCAAAUUGUAAAUUUUAGUUAAAAAUUCUCAAUUUUUAAGAUUUUAUUAAUAAUUAAGAUAUGUUUUUUGGCGGCGUAAAGGUGUGCAUUAGGUUCAGUCAUUUUGGGUUCUAAAAUAAGAAUCCCAUGCAAAAUUUUCAAAACUUUUUAUUGGGAUUUGCUUGAAUACAUAUUAACGUAAAAAUUAAUUUUAAAUAAAAACUAUUGACUAAAAUUACAUUUUCAUAUUGUGAACAAUACAAAACGAAUCGAAUUACUUAUUUUGUGUUAAUGACAAGAAUGAAAUAAGUAAUAUUCAUUUAACACAUACAUCCGGAGAACAGCGUAUUAUCAUUUUAAAAAUUAUUUCUCGAUCUUGCUUUUUAGAAUAAAAUAUCUAAAAAAUCUGUUUAAACCUAAAAUAUUACUAACUUUCAUUUCAAACUUAAGAAUAAAUAUGAUUCGAAUCUUAAUAAGACAAAUUUUUUAAAUUUAAUAACUAAAUUAGAAAAAAAAAAUUAUUUCUAUUGUUAUUAUAAACUAUAUAAUAUAUCUGUAUA